CUGAGGGAGUGAAGGGAGGAAAGAGAAAGAGAGACAUCGUGCAGCUGUGGGGAACUUUGGUUGAAGUUACAUCUGCUUCUGAGCUGCGAGGAGAAGACGAGAAGUCUAAGCUAAAGUGGGCUCUCUUUCUUAUUCACCCCACCGCAACGACCCUGUACUGUUAAUUGGUGCGUUCGGAGACGAAAGGGCCCCGCCCAUUUCUGCCUCGAGCUUGCUAGCUGCAGCUAUCAUGGAAGAAGUAGCUGAAGAUGACAUUGAUAUCCUGAAUCGUGAAAAAGCAGACACUCAUCACAGACAAGAUGGACAAUUUCCUAUUCCAGUGUUUUCAGGAGAAGAAUCAGUUGCUUCACAUUUUGCCCUUGUCACUGCUUAUGAAGAUAUUAAAAAGCGUCUGAAAGAGACAGAAAGAGAAAAUUCUUUCUUAAAGAAAAGAGUAAGAUUGUUAGAAGAAAAGCUUCUUGAAUCCCAUUUGGAAGAAGCAACAAGUUCUGUGGGUCGUGAGCAAGUUAACAAAGCUUAUCAAGCAUAUCGGGAAUCUUGUAUUGAACGAGAUAAUCUGAAAAGUCAACUGGAUAAAACGAUGAAAGAGAACAUGGAAUAUGUGAAAAUCUUGAAUGAGCAGUUGCAGUCUAAAGAAGUAGAACUCUUACAGCUAAGAACAGAAGUGGAAACUCAACAAGUGAUGAAGAGUUUCAAUUCUAACCCAUCUAACUGGGAAAUAGACAAACUGAACAAUGAGCUGAAGAUGCACAAUUUGGAGCUGGAUUUGGAGAAACUGAAGGAAGAAUACAACCAUUUUAGGAAAGAAAUGCAAAAAUCUGUUGAAUCCCAAGGAAGUUUAAUAAAUGGAGAGUUUAUCCAACAGCAAAAUAUCCAUAGUGAACGCAUUCAGCAGGUAUACAGGGAACUGAAGAGGGAGAUGUCUAAUUUGCAUCUGGUGACUAAAGUGCAAGUUGAGAUGCUGAAGAAACUGAAACUGAUUCCAUCUACAACUAAGAAAGUGCCAUCCUAUACCUCUGUUCAGUGUAUUGAAGAUCUUGAAAGGGAUGCUACCAAUCUCCACUUAGGUGCUUCUGGAGCAAUAUGCAAAAAUAGAUUACUUCAAACAAGUGGUGAUGUUUUUGGUACUCUUGCAUCAUCCUCACCAUGUACUAAUGAGAAAUUUAGCUCUGCAUGUGACUCUCCAUUUCUGGAACAUAACUCCUAUGGAAAAAAUUCUCUGGAAGAUAAUUCUUGGGUAUUUCCAAGCCCUCCAAAACCUAGUGAAACAGUAUUUUGGGAAAUGAAAAACAGAGUGACUCACUUAAACUUUCCAGGAAACAACUUGGAUCAGUAUAACCAAAAUUGCUUGCAUAAGAGCUAAGAACAGUAGAAGGAACUUGAAAGUAGUCCUGAACAAGGUCUUGUACUUGUUAGUAGAAAAUAAGUAAUAGAGUGGAGUAUAAUGGACUUUCAAGUUGGAUGAAAUUUUCCCUGUUAUCUAAACUUGAAAAACAGUGAGUCCAAAGGAAUAUGGUAAAUGAUCUGUUAUAUCCUCAAUUUUCUGAUUACACAUUGGCAGAUUUCUAAAAUAUUAAAUUGUGGAAUAAAACAAAAGCAACGUGAUAUGAAUAAUAUUGCUCCAAAGUAUGUUACAUUCAAACAUUUUGACAAGCCAUGAGAAGGACUUGUUUUUGGACAAGUUUUAAGUUCAGGUAAUUAAUAUAUUAAAUUCUGAGGCAGUCUCUGGCUUUUUAUUAAUGGAUAUGCUGAAAAGGAGCAAAUGAAUUGUGUAAAAAUUACUUUCAUUCCUUUUUUUCAAUUUAUCAACUUAUCCUCAUUACCCCAUGGUAAAAAAAAUUGAAAUAGGGUCAAAUGGAAAAGUUUCUUAAUGCUCCAGUAAAAUAUCUCAUCACUUCACAAAUAACAUUAUGUAUUUAUUGCUCCCUUUUGGAGGGAUUUCCUGUCUAAAAUGCUAUGAUUGUUUUGAGGUGAAAUAUCCAGGCUCCUUAAUACAGCUAGGAAGAACUGUAACAUUCCAAAUAAUGUAAUCUUUCUGUGAUUCCACAUUUCUGAUAUAUUCUAUACUAAAGAAGAUGCAUUUGAUCCAAAAUACUGCAUACAUGGUAACCUGGUUGUUUAACAGCACUGAAAUAAUUUUUUUUUUUUUUUAAUUUGAUUUAUAUGCCGCCCUUCUCCGGAGACUCAGGGCGGCUUACAGUGCGUUAAGCAAUAGCCUUCAUACUUUUGUAUAUUUAUACAAAGUCAGCUUAUUGCCCCCACAAACUGGGUCCUCAUUUAACCUACCUUUAGAAAGGAUGGAAGGCUGAGUCAACCUUGAGCCUUGGAGAGAUUCGAACCAGCAGUAAAUUGCAGGCAGCUGUGUUAAUAACAGGGUGCUUUAAACCACUGUAGUACCAAAGAUUUUACAUCUUUUCUGUCUCAUUUUAUUAGCAGUAAAUUUUGAUUGAACUCCUAUACCCUCAAAUCAGUAGAGAUGCUUUUACCAGCAUAUAAAUGGGUAGAUUUCUAACAGUAGUUUUAUGUACCUGGUAUUUGAGAUGCAGAAAGAGUGGGGGGAAAGGUACAAACAUGUACACUUCAUGUAUCCUGCCAUUUCUCAUUUGUUUCUGAAUGUGUUCUUGAAACAUGAAUACAGAAAAGUAAAGAAACAUGAAUACAGAAAAGUAAAAUCUAUAGUGGAAAAAAUAAUUGUAUGUUUCUGAAAGAUAAAAACAUCCCAUGUGGUUGUGUAGAUGAGCAGCACAACCAUAUCAGUGUUAUCUUCCCCUUCUUCCUAUGCAUUGCAUUUUGUAUAAUUCAGUACUGGUGCUUUCUUCCUUAUAUUAUUAAAGAGAAAAUAAUCUGAGGAGGGAGGUGAAAGUAUGGCAUUUUUUUCCUGUGUUAAUGAAUGGCACACAUAAUGUUCCUCAGAUUUAAAAAAAAUCUUGUCUUCUUCACAUAUCCUACCUUGUCUGUGAUUAAUGGAAAUGGUGUCAGAUGCAGGAAUUUAUUCUGACCAAUGAACAUAGCUGACUCAAGGGAGUACAAUCCUCCUGUAGAGUAAUAGAACAAACCCCAAUAUGCAUAUAAUAAAUCUAAGCCACUGACUUCAGCUGAUAGAACCAACUACCUGUGUAAUAAAAAGAAGUAACAGUAGCCAUUUCUGUGACUGCAUAGCUCUAAUGUUUCUCAGGACUGCUUUUUUGGAUUACGGAUUCUUGAAUAAAUUUCCAUUAUUCAACAUGCC